AUGGGUCCAGUCACUGGAAUGACUCCAGAUAAGAAAGCUGAAACGCCAGGAGCAGAAAAAGCUGCAGGACUACGGCAGUGUCAUGGAAUGGGAAGCUUGCCUGAGGCAGGCGACGCCGGCAGGCCAAAGGCCACUGUGGUGGGCAGAGAUUCAGCAGACGACGAGCUCACCAAUUUGAACUGGCUGCAUGAAAGUACAAACCUGCUAACCAACUUCAGCCUGGGCACGGAGGGCCUGCCCAUCGUCAGCCCCUUGUACGACAUCGAGGGCGACAGCGUGCCCUCCUUCGCGCCGUCGUGCUACCAGAACCCCGAAAAAAAAUCCUCCACUUCCAAGCCCCCCUAUUCCUUCAGCCUUCUCAUCUACAUGGCCAUCGAGCAUUCCCCCAACAAGAGCUUGCCUGUCAAAGAAAUCUACAGCUGGAUCCUGGAGCGUUUCCCCUACUUUGCCACAGCACCCACUGGCUGGAAGAACUCGGUCCGACACAACCUUUCCUUGAACAAGUGUUUCCGGAAAGUGGAGAGAAGCCAUGGCAAGGUGAAUGGAAAAGGGUCAUUGUGGUGUGUUGACCCAGAAUACAAACCUAAUCUUGUCCAAGCACUGAAGAAGCAGCCUUUUCCCUCAGCACUUGCCUUAAAUAGGUCAACAUCCCCUCACUACCUAACUUCAGUUCUUCAGCAGAAUCACGACCGAUCUCUCAAAGAAUCUGAUAUCGAUGCUGCUACUGCAAUGAUGCUGUUAAACACUUCCAUUCAACAAGGGAUGCUGAACUGUGAGAACCCUCAGCCUCUGAAGACCCCUAAGAAGAGGAGUUACGGCAGUGCGUUCAACUCCCCCAGCUCCGUGAAUCUGCAGGAAAAUGAUCCUAUGGCCAUCAAUAUUGAUCCGAAAGAGGAUCACAACUACAGUGCCAGCAGCAUGGGUUCCCAGCGCUGUGCAUCUCGGUCCAGCAUGUCUUCCUUGUCCUCCCUUGACGAGGUGUACGAAUUCAUCCCCAAGACCAGCCACGACGGAAGCGACGGCAGCGAAGGCUUUCACAGCGAAGUGGAUACAGAUGUCGACUACGAAGACGAUCCUCUUGGAGACAGUGGCUAUGCAUCACAACCUCAUGGAGAUACCUCUAAGGAAAGUCAGCCUAGCAGCAAAGCACUCAAGGAGCUAUGUCAAGAAAUUGAUGAGGAGUUGAAAGAAGCAGCGGGAUCUCUGCUGCACCUUGCUGGCAUCCAGACGUGCUUGAGUUCCUUAAUAAGUACUGCCAAGAGCCACUGUCACAAGCAGAGGAAAAAAUAGGAU